AUGGGAUUGGAUUUGAGUGGUUUUGUGGUUUCUCCGAAUUGUCAAUCUUCAUUUAGUUAUAUAAUGGUAACACCUAGUAGGGAUUCUAAUGAAGCAUUUGAUAGAACUAUUGUUAAUACUCCGUUAUCGGAAGGGUUUCAAUUUAAAGAAUUGGAAAGUUAUUGUAAAGAAGAUAAUUUGGGAGAAAUUGAUUUGCUGUUUUUGGAUGGAAGAUAUGCUAAUGUAGCAAUUGAAUAUAUUGAUGCAAUGGAUUGUAGAGGAUGUAUUGUAAUGGAAUGUGAAAGGAUGAGAUUUGGAUAUGAAUUGAAUUGUUUUUUGGAACUAAUUUCAAAAUCGAAUGUUAUUACAAUAUCUGAAGGAUUUGGAAAGGAAUAUCUUGAUUAUUAUAUGAAUCAAAAUGAAGAAAUUAAGGAGUGGAUGCAACAGGUCGACAUUUCUAAUGAAUUAAUUUCUCUUCACUUGCUGUAUUCUCUCUUGAAACAAACAAAGAACAAGAUCCCUAAUUUUUUAAUUCAAACGUUGGGAUCCAAGGGAUCUAUAUGCAUGAUUCAAAAGGUGGAUAUGGAAGAAACUCAAGUAAAAUCAUUUUCGGAUAUCAUAUCAUUGGAGACUAUUAGCUCUUCACCUCAGACUCAAGACUUUUCAUUUUCAAUUACAGACCAUCUAGGAGUACAACAUUAUUAUACUAUCAUUUACUGUCAAGCAUAUUCAAAUAAUGAACUACCAAUUGUAGAUGGUACAGGAGCUGGCGAUUCCUUCAAUGCUGCAACACUCUACACAUUACAACAAUUCAUAGCUAAAGAUAUUCCUGUUGACCUUUCGAGCUUGAAAAAAUUAUUGAAAUUUUCUAGUAUCUCUGCAGUUUAUUGUUGCAGUGCAGUUGGCGCUCGAACUCGUAUCAUUGAUAGCAAAACAGCAAGGGAAAUUUGGAAUGAAUUAUAA